AUUUAUUUUGGUUUUCAGGUACCAGUAUUUGGGAACCAAUACAUUUGGGAACAUCCACUUGAUACUGGUGUGGUUCUUUCAUUGAGUAGGCAGUAUUGUAUACACAAUCCACAAUGCAAGACCCCGUCUAUUCGCCAUUCUUUGGAAUCAUGGGUGCUUCUGCGUCCAUUGUGUUCAGUGCACUGGGAGCAGCCUAUGGCACAGCAAAGUCAGGAAUUGGUAUCUCUGCCAUGGCAGUAACAAAACCAGAGAUGAUCAUGAAGUCCCUCAUCCCCGUCGUCAUGGCUGGUAUCAUCGGUAUAUAUGGAAUGGUGGUGGCAAUAUUGAUAGCAGGAAAGCUCCAGAAGAUUUCCAAUGGGUAUACGUUGUUUAAGUAAGUGAAGCGUUU